UUUGUUUCACUAUAAACAAACGAAAGCGCGAGUCGCCCCGCUGUUGUUUGUUUGCAUUUGGGCAACGUUCAUUUUCUUGUUUUCAAUCUCAUUUAACGUUCUAUUAUCGUUUGUAUUGUAAGGUAGACACGAGCAAUUUCAUCUAGCCCUUAAUUUACCCUCAUCUCUUAACAGAGAAACCGUCAUGAAUACCUACAAAGUGGUGCAGGACUCGAAGAGGGAGGAGUUCCGCAAGUACCUCGAGAAGAAUGGGGUGAUGGACGUGCUGACCCGGUGUCUGGUCAGCUUGUACGAGGAGCCCGAGAAGCCAGCUGAUGCUCUGCAGUACGUGCGGAACACGCUGGGCGCCGCCAGCCCAGACAAGGUGGAGCUGGAGAGCCUCCGAUUGGUGGUUGCCGAAAUGAAGGAAAAGAUGACUGUGAUGGAGGAGGAGAAUAAGGAGCUCCGGGAGCGGCUGGCCGGGCUGACGGUGGACGCUGACACCGCUGACGGGGCCGAGGAGGGCGACACAGCCGCCGCCGACUCCACCGCCGCAGACGCCAAGGAGAAAAAGUAAGGAGCGCCACUGGACUCUCCCUGUUCACCAAAGGCUGCCUUCGGGGACGGUCGGCGACGUCUUAGCUCCAUUCCACGGCCGACCUGCCCCUCGUUUUAAGUGACACGUUCGUUCCUGGUUGGUUGUUAGCUAGUUGACCGCGACGGGUGCACCGUGACUCGGGGAACUGUGUGCCAUCGUGAUGGUCCGAUGCGAGCCAGUGAGACGGUAAUUCGCCCAGCUAAGACGAGGCCCGUGACAAGUGCGGCGGACUACCGCUUGGAAGACACGCCCGGGUAUAGAGAUAGAGACUGUGUAUCGCGUCGCCGUCCUACCGCCGCGCCCCGUGAUUGGUCGUUGAUAUGAGCCACGGCCUCCCAUUGGUUGACGGUUUGGGUACGCGUCUCGUGAUUGGUCAUUGGUGAGAGUCUCGGCCUCCGAUUGGCUGAUGGUUGGAUUUCCUGCUCGUUGAAAGGCUGGGAUCCUUACCCUGGGCCGUUCGGAGGCAUUUCGUUCCAGAGAGCCAGGUACAAAUGGACAUUGUUGAGAUAUGUUUGUAUUUUCUUAAUCGAGUGUGGUAUAACAAUCACAAAUAUGAUUGGAUUGGGAAUUAUAGCGGAAGAGGCAUACGACUUAACAUCAAAAUAUUCAUAUCCAGGAAAAAUGUCCACGUAUCUAUCUCAUAACACGUCAAAAAUCGUACAUAUUGCUAUACAAUACACACGCAGAUAUUAA